CUAUCCUUCCUCGCAUCCCACACAAGCUCGUAACAAAGAACCGGCAACAACGGAUGAUAAUGCUCCUGGAUUUAACAAACAAGCAAACAGCCACGAAACAAAAGGGAACAUUCGCCACAACCCGGCACGUUGUUUGGUGAUGUACGAUUGUGUUUACAUUGACUUCUGUAUAUUUUUUUGAAACCUCUCUCAAAUUUGGCGAAGUUGACUAUUUCGACCUGGAGACGACCUGUUAAAAAGAAAAAGCGAAACGUAUUUUUUACAGCAUAAACGCUCACUUAAAAGUUUGCUUUUGAUCAAUUGUGGCAACAAUGAUACCGCCACAAUGACCUUUCAUAAUGAAGCCUGACCUCUGAUUGGCCAGAGCCCUAAUUGGAACAUCCUCUGGAAUAAAAGCCACUCCCAAACAUGUCUAGUCCGGAACCUUCCAUAGGUCCGGUGUCCAUUGUAACCCCCCAAACAGAAACCAAACACAGACCACCUAUCUCUCAGAAACCCUCAAUGGACCUCCCUCCGGGACAGAAGGAUAGUACACUCCAGACUUCUGGAGGAAAAGUUAAGUGCAUCAUUGACAAAUUUAGCCUUCCGGAUGCUACACUAGCAGCAGUGGAGCCACCCACCAACGGUGCCUCCAAACGUAGCCCUAAGAAGAGUCCCAAGAGGGCCCCCACCGUCAAACCCAAACCGGUCCGUACCACUCUCCAGUCUCAAAAAACGGGGGACAAGGCCCCACCACUUCCUCUGAAGCGGAGUCUUAUUCUGCGGCAGCAGAGCAACCAGGCUAAGAAGGAGGCACUGAAAGAAGGCGAGGGCAGUGGGAUUGUUGCCAAUGUGGAAGGAGGACGAUCAGAGCCUGAUGGGAAGGAGGUGGACCUACAGCUGAUUGGAGGAGUGGAGGCAGAGGCGGAGCAUGCCUCGGACACGCCCCCGAGCCCCUGCUGUGACAGGGACUGCAGCUGUAUGUGCCACCUGCAGCGACCCGGCAUGAAACUGGUGUGGGUGCCCAUAGAGGAGGAGGAUGAAGAGGAACAAGAGGGGGAUGAGAGCGAUGGGGAGGAGAGAGGAGCGGAGGGGGAGAGCGAGGCAGAGGAGGAGGAGGAGGAGGGGAACGUGUUCUCCGGAGGGGAUGAGACUGAGGAAAGCGGAGGCAAGCUGAACAAGGCCAAGUUCCAUCAUGUUCUGGAUAUUCUCAUGGCUGAUGGGAGCAGGAGACUGUCCGACCCUGGACCCCAGGUGGUCUUGACCUCCUUCGCUCCUACAUGCCCAGGGUCUCCCCCUAUCCCCCCCAAACGGAUAUACUCAUCCAAACGCUGUCAGGAAGAGGAAGAAGAUAUCUACGAAGACAUUCUAGUCGUCGUGGAGCCCAAACCCAGAACUGACCCCUGUCGAGAAUUGGAUCUCCCUCUUAUUAGGGUUCGGAAACCCGCCAGGCGAUCCAAACUGCUCAGCAGCGAAAACUCGGACCCCACUUCCGACCAGGACUUGGCCUUAAGCACGGACGACAACCCGCCUGCCAUACCCCCACGGAUGCCUGUAGAGAAAAGUGCUCGCAUCCUCACAGCGGCACAGAGGGGGGGGGUAGCCUUGCCCCAGCCCACGGCCGAGGAGUGGCGCUCCCUACAUCCCUCGCCCCCUAACCUCUGUGCCAGUCAGGUGUCUCCCCAACGGGCAUCCAUCCCUGCCCCCAACAGCCCCAUCCUACCCGUCCGACCCCCCCCUCAACCCCCCAAGACCGGCAGAGACCCUCGGAGGCUGAGCAAUGUUUCCGUUCUGUCCAACACACAAGCUAAAGAACAAGAGGAGAACGGUCGGAACGAAGGAGAGAAAGAGGAGACGACUGAAAAACACUCCACACUGAGAAGAGGAUCCUCCAUUGAUUGGGAAUCCAGCCUACAGGACGAGCCUCUGUACCAGACAUACCGUGCCACAGUCAUUACCAAGGAGAUCCGCCGCCAAACCGUGUGCCGCAACAUCAGUAAGACCAGCGCCGACUACCCGACGGACUGGAGCACCCGGCGUUCAGGAUCAGGCCCGGGUCAGAGCACACUAUGGCAGGACCUGCCGGCCGUACGAGACAGUAACGUGCUGGAGACACUCAGCCCUGAGCAGUGCAAAUACCAGGAGAGUAUGUUUGAGGUGUUAACCUCAGAGGCUUCUUACCUGAGGUCGCUUCGGGUUCUCACCGAACACUUCCUGGAAAACCGUGACCUGGAUGAGGCCAUGAUCAUUCGCGACAGGAAGACGCUGUUCUCCAACAUCUUGCGAGUGAGGGAGGUCAGCGAGAGGUUUCUGAAGGACCUGGAGGAUCGCAUGGACGAGAGUCUGGUGUUCUCCGACAUCUGCGACAUCAUCCAUUAUCACGCCCAGCACAACUUCCCAGCUUACAUCGACUAUGUCCGCAACCAGAUCUACCAGGAGAAGACUUACACUAACCUCAUAAAAAACAAUGUCAACUUUGCCACGGUCAUCACCCAUCUACAGGAGUCUCCUCUGUGCCAACGACUGCCCUUCAUGUCCUUCCUCCUCCUGCCAUUUCAGCGAAUCACGCGCAUUAAGAUGCUCAUCGAGAACAUCCUCAAAAGAACAAAGGAGGGAACGGGCGAGGAACAGACCGCUUCCAAGGCCUUGGAGUCUGUGGCGAAGAUCAUAGAGGUGUGCAACACUGAGGUGGGGAAGAUGAAGCAGGUGGAGGAGCUGAUUCACCUCUCCAAGAUGCUGGAGUUUGACAAGCUCAAGGCCAUCCCUAUCAUCUCCCAAACACGCUUCCUGGAGAAGAAAGGUGAACUCCAGGAGAUGGUCAAAGGAGCCACGCUCUUCAGCAUGCGGGGCAAGUUCACUACUGUCCACCUCUUCCUCUUCAAUGACCUGCUAAUCAUCGCCAGCAAAAAGGGCCCGGAACGUUUUGUUGUCCUGGACCACGUCCACCGCUCCCUGGUGCAGGUUCAGCCAUUAGAAGAAGACGCCAGCCCCAGCUCUGUCUACGAGCACUGCUUCUGCCUGACCCUGCUGGAGAACCACCAGGGACGCAUGAUGGAGAGGAUGCUCAAGGCCCCUUCACAGUCGGACAUGCACAGAUGGAUCGCUGCGUUCCCUAACCCCUCGAACCCAGAUGGAGACGAAGAGGAGGUCAUAUAUGAAGACUGGGACUGCCCUCAGGUGCAGUGUGUGGAACAGUACAUAGCUCAGCAGACAGAUGAGCUGACACUGGAGCCUACAGAGAUCAUCAAUGUGGUGCGCAAAACCAGUGGGGGGUGGUAUGAAGGGAUCCGUCUUUCGGAUGGUCAGAAGGGCUGGUUUCCCAUAGGGAAUGUUCUGGAGAUAACCAACGAGCAUGUGAAGCGCCGGAACCUUCGAGAACGUUACCGGGUCAUACAGGCUGCCAGCGCAGUCACUAACAACAAGAACCGCUGAGCUACCACAGUGGAGCAUGAGAACAAUGUUAAAACAUGGAAAACUCUUCUCCAAAUUCCAGGACAUAGAAGGAAUAUUACGACAUCUUGAAAUGUAUAACUGAGAUUGUGAAUCAUCCAUUUAUGUUCUUUGGGAAGACCCAGAGAAAUUUUAGUCAGACAUAUGUUGACUGUAAAAUGAAAAACAUUCACAUAUCAUCUCAUUUCAAGAGCUGUAGUUUAUUUUAAACUUUUAAGAGAGUUAGAAUUUGAAAACAGAAGAAAUAAUGUUUUUGGAUCAGGAAAUUAUUUUAUUGGAGAAGGAUGACACCACAUUGGAUACUAGAAGUCUACUUGGCUUAGACAUUGCUUUCUGUUUGUGUUAUACAGUCAAGCGACAGAUUUGUGUGUACCAGUAAUUGAGGGAGUACCUGUUCUGCUGGUGUUAUGCAUGCCUGCUUGCAAAUGUUUUUGAAUUUUUAAGUCAUGCAGAUGGUUACCUCAGUAUGAGCUAGUGCAAUGUAAUGUAAAGUAUUCCACACACACCUUCUAAGUAUGAUGCAUAUUCCAGUUAAGAAAAAUGUGUCCUAACAACCUAUAAUAUUCUUUCGCACUCGUGGAACAUCCUCAUUCUUUUCAUACUGGAAGACCUCCAGGCCAACAAGGUGAACUUGAAAAUCCAGGACAAACACGCAGGUUCAGGAAACAUCUGGUGAGGAUCUGGGCAAGGACAUUGUUGAGCAAACUUAUCAUGAGACAAAUCAUUCUCAGAAAGUGCCUUCUCAAUUUCACAGAAUGCACAUGCCACAGACAUUGACAGGUUUGGUUAGUUGAAAACUAACGCAGAAUCUUUGAGAAACUAUGCUCCAUGUGUUUUAAAAGUAGGUAAAGGGACAGACUGUCCUGUAUGCCGUGGCUUUGUAGAUAUCUACAUGUUCAGUGAUUAUCUUAUUAAGAUUGAACUUAAGUGUUGUUGCACCGAGAGUCAGCAUGUUUAUUGCUUACUGUCAAGGGCUUGGAUUCUAUUCCUGGAUUUGCUGUAAAUGUAUCAAUGUUGUAUAUAUGUUUUAUCUGGGGGUUUCUCAUUUUAAGAAAUGGUCUUAAUAAAUUUUAAAAAUCCA